UUUGUUUAUCGACUUGCGAGUUCAGCCGUGUUAAAAAUGCGUUUGAUGAGGUGUGCGGGGUGACUAAUUUUUCCGGUCCAGUAUCAUUUACCGCGAACGCAAGCGAUGCCUGCGUCGUCAGGUGUUCGUUUCAGUUAAACUUUUUAACUUGGCGUGAACUUAAAGGACGACCACGGCGGUUUGUGGCGGUUGCGUCUGGGAUUUUGACAGGGGCGGCGACAUGACAGAAGAGUGUCGCAACUCGGAGCUGCGGCUGCAGAUGAUGCAGGAGAUGCGCGCUCAGAACUUCGACAUGAUCCGCUUCGCGUCCUACCGCACCGCCUGCAAGCUGCGGUUCGUGCAGAAGAAAGUCAAUCUGCACGCGCUGGACAUCUGGAACGUGAUCGAGGCGUUCCGCGAGAACGGGCUCAACACGCUGGAGCCGCAGGCCGAGGUGGGCGUGUCGCGGCUCGAGACGCUCGUGUCCAGCCUGUACCACAGCCUCAACAAGCGGCUGCCCCCGGCGCAGCUGGUGCGCGUCGAGGCGUGCUCGGGCCUGCUGCUCAACUGGCUGCUGUCGGCCUACUGCGUUGAGAACCUGGGAAAGAUACGUGUGUUCUCCAUCAAAGUGGCGCUGGCCACAAUGUGCGCAGGCAAACUCAUGGACAAGCUGAGGUAUAUCUUCUCGCAGAUCUCCGACCCCAACGGCCACCUGGUGACGUGGAGGUUCGCCGAGUACCUGCAGGAGGUGCUGGCGCUGCCCGCGGCCGUCUACGAGAGCCCGUCCUUCAACUACGUCGAGGGCCUGGCUGGCUCCGUCUUCCCCGGGACGGGGAAGGUGACGGUGAACGACUUCAUGGACACCAUGAUGUCGGACCCCGGGCCGCACUGCAUGGUGUGGCUGCCGCUACUGCACCGGUUGGCCAGCGUCGAGACAGUCGUCCAUCCCACGGCCUGCGACGCGUGCCAGCGCGAGGGCUUCUCCGGGUUCCGCUACCGCUGCCAGAAGUGCCACAGCUACCAGCUGUGCCAGGACUGCUUCUGGCGCGGCCGCGUCUCCGGGCCGCACACCAACGACCACGAAGUCAAGGAGUACACCACUUACAAGUCGCCCAGCAAGCAGAUCGGCCACUCGCUGCGCAAGUCGUUCCGCUGCGUCCCGGAGAAGGGGCGGACCAACAUUCCUCGUUUCCCGGAGGAGCCGGAGAAAACCCUCAACCUGUCCCACAUAGUUCCUCCCUCGCCGCUGCCGUCCCACAACGGCUUCCCGGACGGUUCCUUCGUGUCGCAGUUCGACGGCGGCUCCAUGGACAGUCGCUCCACCGGCCGGAGUGGCGGCGUGAGCUCGGGCAGCGCGGGCAAGCACACGGCCAGCCUCGAGUCGACACGCCUGGACGACGAGCACCGCCUCAUCGCGCGCUACGCGGCGAGGCUGGCCGCCGAGGCGCGAGGCGCGCCGGUGCCGCAAGCCUUAAGGACCUUUCCCCCGGCUCACGUAGGACGCGCCCCCUCGGAGGGCAGCCUGAGCCUGGACACGUCUCGCGCCCAGCGGGAGCUCAUCAGCCAGCUGGAGGCGAAGAACCGCGAGAUCAUGCGCGAGAUUGCAAGGUUAAGGAGGCAGCAGGAGCUGGAGGCGGCGGGGGCCGGCGGGGGCGGCGGCGAGGAGAACCCGGCGCUCAUGGCGGAGCUGCGGGCCCUCAGGCAGCGCAAGGACGAGCUGGAGAGCCACCUGGGCGCGCUGCAGGACUCGCGCCGCCAGCUCAUGGUGCAGCUCGAAGGGCUCAUGAAGCUGCUGAAGAACCACCAGGCGUCGCCGCGCUCCACGCCCAACUCGUCGCCGCGCUCCACCAAGAGCCCCCCGCUGCCGCCCUCCUCUCGCUCGGCGCCCCCCACGCCCGGCGCGGGCGUGUCGGCGCUCGGCGCGGGCGGAGACGUGCUGGUGGGCGUGGGCGGCGACGUGCGCUCCGCCUUCGGCAGCUCCUCUGCCGCAGGGUCGUCCACCACGUCGCUGGCGGGAUCGCCCGGCAACUCGGCGACCAAUAGCAGUGGCCGGAGCCUGCGCAACGACCUGCUCGUGGCUGCGGACUCGGUCACCAACGCCAUGUCGACCCUCGUUCGCGAGCUCAACUCGGAGGGGUCAGACCAAGAAGACGCCGAGGAGUCCAUCAGAAAGCCUCUAGACUUCGAGACGGAGGCCGAGGCAGACGAUGCGUCUGCGACCGCCGCCCUGUGGCGGGAGGAGAUACGCAAGCGCUACGAGCAGGAGUCCCAGUUCAUCGCAGAGCUGCGGGCACGCAGUAUCGGCAACGGGCAGGAGUACGAUGACAAGGGGGAGAGCUCGAAAGUACGAGAAGAGACAACUCUAUAUGAGCAGGCGAUGCGUCGUCACGCCAGCGGACUGACGGAUGAGGACGGCUUCAAGGAGGAGAACUACGUGGACAAGGACGAAGUGAGCGAGACGGACUGGGAAGAGGCCAUGAAGCGCUGGGUGAACCGAUGAAGUAGACGCCAGUUUCAUUGCGCUCGUGACCACAUUUUUGUCUCAAAGGAAAAAUUUGUGUCUGGACCACAUAAGAAACUAAGAGAAAAAAAUUUUUUUUUUCUUUUGCCAUGCAGAUAUUUUAUUUAUUUAUUUAUUUAUUUAUUUAUUUAUUUAUAAAUUGUUACUUGCACACUAACAGCCAAGAGGCCUUUGCGAUGUGCACACAAAAAACAAGACCAAUUACAUUCACAGAUUAUGCAGGGACUACAUGCAUGUAGGGUCUGCCUGCAGGCAGGCACCAACAGCAGAUAGGCACCACCAACAGGUGGGUAGCACAUACAGGCAGGCACUACGCACAUGCAGGCACUUGCUGACAAAAUCAGAAACAAAAUCAGAUUUUGUUCAGUAGCACGAAUCAGAUCCUUGACCGAACUUAAUUUCCUUAUUUUGCGUAAAGAGUUUGAUUUGCA